GUUAUCGAGAAUCAGAAUCUACUGCAACGGCUUAAGGCAGAGAAAUUUGACGUCGGUAUUGCGGAGCCAGCCAGCAUAUGUGGCUUAGGCAUUUUCGAGGUUGCGAAUAUUCCUGCAUCCAUAGCAGCAUGGUCCUUAGCUCAUUCGGAAGUGCUUUCCAAAGUAAUUGGAGAGCCAAAUAUUUUAAGUUAUGUGCCUGGAGGCUUUACUGGAUCAGGGGACCGCAUGUCAAUGAAAGAAAGACUUCUCAAUUUCGUGGACUUCAUUCAUACCCAAAUAUUAUUCAAAAGGCUUUUUGAGAAAGAGAUGGCUUCAUUUAGAAGGAAGUUUGGUCCUCACUUCAAGAACUGGGAGAAGUGGAAUGCCAUAUUGGACAAACGUAACCAUUCGGUUUUAAUAUCCUUCGGCUCACUGGCGAAAGCGAUGUAUAUGCCCGAUAAAUAUAAAGAAACAUUGCUGAGAAUAUUUGAAAGCAUGCCCGACACAACAUUUAUUAUGAAGUAUGAGGAAAAAGAGACAUUAUUGAAUGAUUCUUGGCUUCCACAAAAUGCGCUUCUUGCUGAUCCUCGUCUCACCGUUUUCGUUACCCAUGCAGGACUUGGGAGCACUACAGAACUAGCGCAUCAAGGGAAGCCUGCUAUUUUAAUCCCAUUAUUCGGCGAUCAACCACGAAAUGCAGGGAUGCUUGCAAAGCACGGAGGAUGCAUUGUCUUAUCAAAGUUUGAUCUCGAAGAUCCAAGAAAGCUGGCUGAUAGCCUUCUUGCAAUUUUCAACGUUCCUCGCUACCCUCGAAGUGCCAAGCGUCUGUCAGAAAUGCUGCUUAGCCAGCCUGUUAGUGCGAAGGAACUCGUACUCCGACACUGCGAGUUUGCGGCUAGAUUUGGACGUCUGGUGAACUUGGAUCCUUAUGGUAGACAGCUUUCCUUUGCACAGUACUAUCUCAUUGAUAUCGCGUUAAUCAUCGUUAGCGCGUUGACUGGUGUCACUUAUAUCAUUUGGAAAUUGUGCAGAAUCAAGUGUACUGGGGCGCCACAUUACUGGCGCCCCAGUACACUUGAAUGA